CCCCGAUCAAGAGCUUUCCAUGAGGAAAAACUCACACAAACUUCAAACCUAAUGUCACCAAGGUUCCCUCUAGGUGUUGACUGAAAUCAAGACAUCAGAACACGGUUGUGUGCUCACCCAAAAGCCAGAGGAAACGAACUAGAAGUUAAACUUUAAGCAAGCGCUUUCAUAGAGUUAUACUUGACAUAAACGUGAACAACAGCUACACGCCACUCGUGCCUUUGACCGACCGAUUUGGGGCAGUGUGGGCGCUGUGCUGUACCCAGAUUUGCUCAGAUUAACAGGACCUGGCCUCACAAUGCAGCUUUGUUGCUGAAACAGAUUAACACGUCAAAUGACCGGAGCUGUAGGAGUCCUUUGCUCUCCUUUUCUUUCCGGCUUCAUUCCACCAAACGCUGCUGAUCUCACUGAUGGAAGGAAGUUUUCAUUUGGUGAGGUGAGUAAAAAAGGUUUUCUGUGGGAGAACCUUAAAUAUUGUAUUUGCCUGUUGUGGUCCUGCGAACCUCUCUUCAGGUAUAUUCAUGUGUUUUGGAUCCAUGAAAAAGAGGUAUCUUUCUUUUUUAUUGUGCAAAAAUGGAGUUGAUUUGAUUGAAGAGUGAAUACAUAAUGCUGUUCUGUUUUGCAACUUUAUCAUUUUAGAUCUGUGCUCAAAUUGGCCCUAUGAGAUCAUGGUUGAUCGCUGACCUUGAGCUCAGUCGAGGCCCAGAGAACACCGGCACACUGGUUUCCUUCAUGUCCCACCACAGUCCCCCAGCCAGUCGGCCCGCGAGCAGCCAUGACCGUGACGUACUCCCGCAGGGUUGCCGAUGCCGGUCUGGGGACCUUCUUUCACCUGCUGCUGCGUUGGAAGGGCAGCAUUUAUAAACUGCUGUAUAGAGAGCUCAUCAUCUUCACUCUUCUCUACUACUUCUUCAGUAUUGUUUAUAGGUUUGUGAUGAACGAUGAUCAGAAAAGGCUGUUUGAGAAGCUGUCGAUAUACUGUGACCGCUACGCAGAACUCAUCCCAGUGUCUUUCGUGCUGGGUUUCUAUGUCACCUUGGUCGUGUCCCGUUGGUGGGGCCAGUUUGAGAACGUCCCCUGGCCCGACCGCUUGGCAGCGUUAGUGGGCGGCCAUGUUCGGGGAGCUGACGAGGCCUCCAAGCUGACCCGACGGACCCUGAUGCGAUACGCCAACCUCUCUGGAGUGCUCAUCUACCGCUCCAUCAGCACAGCCGUCUACAAGAGGUUUCCCACCAUGGAGCACGUGGUGCAGGCAGGUUUGAUGACGUCAGACGAGCUGAGGCACCUGGAGGACCUGCGCUCUCCUCACAACAAGUUCUGGGUUCCCUGCAUGUGGUUCGUCAGCCUGGCUCUGAGGGCUCGGACUGAGGGUCGCAUCAACAACGACGUGGCUCUCACAGCCAUUCUCACUGAGUUGAACAGCUUACGGGCAAAGUGUAUGAAGCUGUACGGUUACGACUGGAUCAGCCUGCCUCUUGUCUACACUCAGGUGGCGACGGUGGCGGUCUACAGCUUCUUCCUGGCCUGUCUGAUUGGCCGGCAAUUCUUGGAUCCGGCUCAAGGUUACUCGGGUCACGAUCUGGACUUCUACCUGCCCGUUUUCACGCUGCUGCAGUUUUUCUUCUACGUUGGUUGGCUGAAGGUGGCUGAGCAACUCAUAAACCCUUUCGGCGAAGACGACGAUGACUUCGAAACCAACUGGCUGGUCGAUCGCAAUUUACAAGUGUCCAUGCUGUCUGUGGAUGAGAUGUACGACAGCCUGCCGCUGGUGGAGAGGGAUGUGUACUGGAAUGAGUGUGAGCCUCAGCCUCCCUACACGGCCGCCAGCGCUGAACACCGCAAACCCUCCUUCAUGGGCUCAGCCCUGGAUAUCAGUGUUCCCAAGGAGGAAAUGGAGUUUCAGUCCAAUCUGGAGCAAAUUAAAGAGCACGAGGAAGCAAACUACUCCACCCCGCUGCUCGGAGGGCUGGGUCGUCUCCUUGGUGUCCAGUCCCCGAACUUCCCCCGCUCCUCCCGGGUCCCUCUGCUACGCCGCCGCCCCGGAGCUCCGCUGAGCCGCUUCCCUCUCUACCUGCACCCAGAGGGCCCAUUAACUCCGGGUCCAAGCCGCCAGCCUCUGACCCACGAGCAAGAUCCCGACUACGCCUUCUCCACCGUGCCCCUGUACGAGAGGCCCGGCUGCUACAGCUGCCCGCAGACACCCAUCCACUGCGGCCCCCCCGCGGUGCCUCGCCCACGACCUGCCCGGCGGACCCAGAACGACUGGGGCCGCAGCUGCAGCUCGCUGGCUCCUCAGACGGCCGGCUCGCAGCUGCUGCCUCCCGACACCCCCAACCACGUCCCCCCGCCGCCCUCCUCCGCUUUCCCCUGGCUGAGCGAGGACGGAGAAGUCCCGAACACCCCUAUGUUCUCGUUCCCGGACCCUCCACCAGUACUCUGCCCGAUAUCUAAACUGAGACCCGGGCACGGCCUGCUGUCUCGCCGCCCUCCACCCCGGCUUAUUCUCGACGCGCUCCCGUCAGCGGAAGGACAGGCCGGGCCCCCGAGCGCUCGGGCCGCGGGAAAAGGGGGGGAGAGGGUGUUCUCGUUCACUCCUCCUUCCCGAAAAGCAGCGACAAAUCCCGGUGACCCCAACAGCAGCUCCGGCAGCAUUAACGCAGCGACCACCGGCGGCGCGGGCACGACGGCAGGCCUCUGCAACGGUACAAGUCACAUGAGUUUUAGUAACCAUGGCAACUUCAGCACCAACGUGAGAUCAAGCAACGGGGGCACCAACGGUGGGCCGAGCGGCAGCAACAACAACAACGCAAACACCGUUUCCACGUCAGCGUCACCGCGGCAAGAAACCAACCAGCAACAUUCACCAAAUGAUUCCGGGAUCUCAUUGGCUGAGGGGGACCUGCUGGGCGUGUUGGUGCAAGGGGGCGUGAACAAGGCGGGAGGAGGGAACGAGCAGGGCGGCGGGAACAAGGUGUGACGGACUGUUGUUGUAUACAAGUGGCAUUCGAAAUAUUUCACACAAACACGCACUAAUUGAUGUUACAUCUGAACUGCAAUAGUACUCGUUGCAAAUACAGUAGUUAAUCUUUACUUUGUGUUAAGCUCCUAAAGAACAAUUAACCUACUUUUAAAAGCAUUUGAGAUUUACCGCUCAACUGUGAAGAUAAAAUAAAAAACCCAAUGACCGAAAGCCAAAGAGUAUAUUCCAAUGUAUUCAGUAUUAUUUCCAUCAGUGUUAGAUUUAAUAAAACUUAUGUAUCAUGUAUUAAGUUGGGGGGGUUUUCGCAAUAAAAUAUCUAAUCUUGUUUACUAUUA